UCUGUUAUAUCUCAUCUGUUUUUAGCCUCCAGCCAACAAAUGGCACGCACGGAAAAGUGUUAUUUCGAUUAUCUUUGAUGACUCUAUUUUCUUUUCGUCAAUUUGGGCUUAAGGCACAGAAAGCAAUGUGUUCGUUUUCCAAUAUUUAUUCUGUGGCCUAUGUGACAGUUCCCAGUGACGAGAUCGCGAAAAAAUUGGCGCACGGUAUUGUGAAGAGUCAACUUGCUGCUUGUGUCAACAUCAUCCCUCAAGUAAAGUCUGUCUAUGAGUGGAAGGGCGAAGUAAAUGAAGAGAAUGAGCUGCUUCUCAUGAUCAAGACGAGGACGGAAACUGUAGGAAAUUUAACGAAAUAUGUGAAAGAAAAUCAUCCAUACGAACUCUGUGAAGUCAUAUCUCUUCCGAUAGACAACGGAAAUGAAGAAUAUCUGAAAUGGAUUGGCGAAAUUGUACCCCAGAGCAGUAAAAAUCCCGGAAAAAACAUUCAAAUUAAAUGAAGUAACUAAAUUAACAGCACGCGAUACGUCAAUUUUUUUCAUUUUAUUGCAUAUUGAUUAAUCCGAAACUAUUGAUUUUAUCAGAAAACAUUUCUCUUGAGGUAUUUACUCCGCUGCAAAGAACUCUUGAUAUUUUUCCCCCAUAUCCAUAGUUUACCACAUAAGUGAAUAAUUAAUAAAUAAUUCUCCCACUGAA